AUGGAGGCAUCGGUGUCAUCGUCGUCUGUCGACGAUGACUUCGGGCCAGAACCACGUAGCCGUUGUUAUACAUGGCCAAUGCAACAAUUCGUCUAUGAUCCCUCUUCUGCCGUACCUACGGAUCAUCCACCGCCUCCGGUUCAUUUACCGAUGAUCCGUGAACCUACGGUAGCCCAGCUUCUGGCUGCUACACCGUCUUCAUCGACGGCGAUGGGUACCCAUCUGAUGCCUCUUGGUAUGUCUCUACCUCCCGGCAUGUCAGCCGGCCAUUCAUUGUUACCUCCAAAGAAGAAACGAUGUCGUAAGAAGCCUAGCGACCAAUUAGCACAGAAGAAACCGAACCCAUGGGGUGAGGAGUCAUAUUCGGAUAUCAUCGCCAAAGCUCUCGAAUCGGCUCCAGACGGUCGGCUUAAGCUGAAUGAAAUCUAUCAAUGGUUUUCUGAUAAUAUUCCAUAUUUUCGGGAACGAUCUAGUCAAGAGGAUGCUGCUGGAUGGAAGAAUUCUAUUCGGCACAAUCUCUCGUUACAUUCACGUUUUAUGCGUAUCCAAAAUGAAGGUGCCGGUAAAUCAUCAUGGUGGGUGAUCAAUCCGGACGCUAAACCGGGACGAAAUCCACGACGCGUUCGUGCUUCCACACUGGACACCACGAGCAAGGCCACUCUCAGUAAAAAAUUGAAAGGUGCCCGAAAGCGAAUUCAUGAUAUCCGAGGCGGCUUGCAUAGCGGCGUGUCGAGUUUGGCCGGUUCGCAGGCGUCAGUUAUGUCGCAUGAUAUCUAUGGCGAUGACGAUGCAAUGCAUGCAUCGUUUGAUUCGAUGUUUCGUCCAAGGACUCAAUCGAAUCUGUCGGUGCCCGGUUCAUCUACCCGUGUCUCGCCCUCAAUGGAACAUCCAUUUGACGACUUCGAUUUCCCCAGUUGGGUAAACGACGCCGCCGCAGCGUCCACUGCUGCCGCAGCCGCUGCCGCCGCCAACUCCAACCAUACCGCGCCGAUCCCUACCGAUAUUCUGGAUCGAACAGACCAGAUGCGAAUCGAUUCUUGUCGGGCAAUGAUGAAUGGUGUCAAGCAAGAACCUAAGCAGAUCAAGACGGAAUCGCCUGGUGUUCAACCGCCUUCUUACCUCGAAUUGAGCAGUGUCUGUAAUCAGUCUCAACUACAGAAUCCACUUUUGCGAUCGCAAUUGGCGUCGGUGAAAUUCCAAUCAUCUGGGUUGCCAUUGUCUUAUCAGACGUAUUCGCCAUGGCCAGGUACACAUCAUGGUGGCCAUUUAUUGCCACCAUCAUCAUGUGCUGCUGUAGCACAGGCGAAUUCAGUUGCUGCGGCAGCGGCAUUACCGUCGGACCUAGAAAGUCUCACACUGCCCGAUCAACCACUUAUGGACUUUGAAGUCGAAUCAUUGUUGCGACAUGAACUGUCCCAAACCUCUGAUCAUCGCCUCAAUUUCGACAAUCUCUGA